AUGACACAAUCAUCACGCAACGACGGAGCAUCAUCGGCGUCAGUAAGGACCAUCUACUUGCAAGUCAUCGGCACUCUGGGAAUUUUCGAUCAAGAGACGAAUGUAAAGAUAUAUUUCGCUCGGCUAAAGAACUUUUUCGCCGCCAACGGCAUCACGGAGGAGAGUAAGAAGAGGGCAAUUUUGCUAUCCUCGAUUUCGGAGGAAGUGCAUAAAAUUCUGUUCAGUCUGUGUUUGCCCGAGGACCCCGACGGUAAGACUUUUGAGUCGUUAUCGGUCAUACUGCAAAAUCACUAUGAGGCAAAAAAAUCGUAUUUUGCCGCCCGCCACCAGUUUUACCUAGCUCGUAAAAACCACGAUGAAAGUGUGGUCCAGUGGGGCGCUCGCGUACGCGAACUUGCGUCUAAAUGCGGUUUUGGGCCAGAGCUGGAGGUAGUAGUGCGGGACGUAUUCGUUGUUGGAAUGGGAUCCGGCAAGAUCCAGGAUCGAUUACUGGAGGAGGAUGCGUCAGUAGCAUCAACCACGCUGGUUAAGCUGAUGGAGGUGGCGACCACGAAGGAGGCCAACAUCAACGCGAGUAAAAAGUGGUCAAGGGAAACGACCAGUGCGCUCCACUUCACCAAACAGAAAGGGAGUCAAGUAUACACGACACCGAAGCGAAAUGGAGUUAAGCGGUCAAGUGGACUUCACCAGAAUGCGGCCACGAGUAACCAAGCCAACGGGAAAGGGAAGUGCCAAGUAUGCGGCCGUUCCAACCACGACACCGGAUCAUGCAGGUUUAAAAAUUAUUCUUGUAAUGGGUGCGGGGUAGUAGGUCAUUUGGCUCCUAUGUGCAAAGCUAGGGGUACACAAAAUAAAGGUACUAAGUAUAAGGCGCAAAAUAAGUUUUUAACGGUAAAGGAGCGGUCAGGCGAUCACGAUUCUUGCGUAUAUUUAAUCGACUCUUUUUUUGCACUUAAUGAUAUUUCCCACGAUAAGCUUAAAGUAGCCCCGUAUCGAAUUAAUUUAGCUGUCGAAGGUAAACCUAUAACCUUUGAAAUUGAUACCGGUUCUGUGCACAGUAUUAUUUCCGAAUCGAUGUUUAAAUCAUUAAUAGGUCCGAAGGUUAUUGUCACUAACGACGUCGAGUUGUCAGAUUACGUCGGCAAUAGAAUCACACCGAUAGGUAAAGUCGCGCUCACCGUCACGUAUAACAAUAAAACAGCCGACAUAUGGGUGUAUAUUGUUCAAAACGGGGGACCACCGUUACUCGGUAGAAAUGAUUUAUCAACGCUCGGUAUUAAUAACGUGUUAAACUUAAAGUGUAAUUUUACCGGCGCAGAGGAUAGCGUUGAAACGGUUUUAAAAAAGUAUCCAAACGUGUUCAGUGAGGAGCUGGUGACUUUUAAUGGAUACAAAAUAUCACUAAAAGUAAAACCGGGGAUCACGCCAAAGUUUUUUAAACAUCGUCCAGUUCCUUUAGCAUUAAGGGGAAAAGUUGAGACCGAGAUAGAUCGACUGUUGUCUAUCAACGCUCUGAUACCCGUCGACCACAGUGAAUGGGCAACUCCCGUAGUUCCAAUAUUGAAAGGGGACGGUAGUGUCAGGCUGUGCGGAGACUUUAAAAUUACCAUAAAUCCCGUGUUAGUCAGUACGGAAUAUCCCCUGCCCAAGAUAGAACACCUUUACGCCAGAAUAGCGGGCGCGAGAUAUUUUUCUAAAAUAGACUUGAAGGACGCUUAUCAGCAGUUGGUACUCGACGAUAAUUCACGCGCGUUAACGACCAUAAAUACGAUUAAAGGUUUAUUUAGGUACACACGCGUUCCGUUCGGUUUAAAAUCAUCGGCGGGUGAAUUUCAGAAAGCAAUUGAAAGUAUCACAAAAAAAAUAGAGGGAGUGGAAGUGUUCAUUGAUGAUAUCAUUGUAUCGGGUAAAACGGUGCCUGAACAUAAUGCACGUUUGGACCAACUUUUAAAAGCACUCGGUUCAGCAGGGCUAAAAGUAAGAGAGCGUAAGUGUAGUUUUUUGCAGACAGCGGUGGAAUAUCUAGGUCAUAAAAUAGACAGACAAGGUUUGCAUACCUUAGAUAAACACACAACCGCGAUUAAGGAGGCAGCGGCGCCUCAGAACCGGUCCGAAUUAAAAAGCUUCCUCGGGUUGGUAACAUAUUAUACUAAAUUCGUUAAAAACGCGGCACGGAUUCUAAAACCAUUGUACGACCUUUUAAAAGCGGGGGCAAAAUGGUCUUGGUCCAAAGAAGCGGGCGACGCGUUUGAUAAUAUCAAAUCAAUAUUGUCGUCUAAACCCGUACUUGACCACUACGAUCCGUCGGUACCAAUUAAAUUAAUGGUGGACGCAAGUUCGAUUGCGGUCGGCGCGGUAAUCUCACAGGUAUACGGCAACGCUGAAAAACCAGUAGCUUAUGCUUCGCGUGUGUUGUCAGAAGCGGAACAUAACACUAAUUAA